AUGCACCUCGCCGUGAUCUCUCUCCUCGCAAUGGCCACAUUUGCCACUGCGGACUGGUGGUAUUUCGAUGCAUGGGAUGGGUUGAGUUGUGGGGAUGCCCCCCAAAAUGGUCAGGUCUUCCUGUCUACAGAGGGUACCGGCGAAGAUGUUUGCUUCAGCUUUCAGGCAGGCCAAAGGGCUUAUUCCUAUGCUGCUGGCUAUGUCGGUGAAAACACAGAGGCCUGGGGAUUUCUCUACGAACACUGCGAAGGACCGAGCAAGAUCCUUCACAACAAUUCCUGCACGAAUCCGGAUGUCGAAAUUCCCUACAUCCGCUCAUGGAAAAUCAUCCAAUCUUUAAGCUGA